GCAAAAGAUAUUUUGUGAUACCAGGAAAUAGGUAGAAGUCUCUAUUUUUAAUCUUGUCUUGUACCUCUUAGCAGGUUCUUGCCAUGGGUGACAAGGGAGCAGGCAACCAUUCAGAUGUAACUGACUUCAUUCUUGUAGGCUUCAGGGUCCGUCCAGAGCUCCACAUUCUCCUCUUCCUCCUAUUCCUGCUUGUCUAUGGCAUGGUCCUUUUGGGGAACAUUAGUAUGAUUGGCAUCAUUGUGACUGACUCCCAGCUGAACACACCAAUGUAUUUCUUUCUAGGCAAUCUCUCCUUCAUUGACCUCUUCUACUCCACUGUUAUUGCACCUAAGGCCAUGGUCAACUUCAUGUCUGAGAAAAAGACCGUCUCUUUUGUAGGGUGUGCUGCCCAGUUCUUCUUUUUUGCACUCUUCAUUGUAACAGAAGGGUUUGUCCUGGCGGCCAUGGCCUAUGACCGCUUCAUUGCCAUCUGCAAUCCUCUUCUUUACAGUGUCCAUAUGUCAAGACGCCUUUGCACUCAGCUGGUGGCUGGUUCCUAUUUCUGCGGUUGGGUCAGUUCCAUCCUCCAAGUCAGCAUUACAUUCUCAGUGUCUUUCUGUGCCUCCCGAGUCAUUGAUCACUUCUUCUGUGAUUCUUACCAAAUUGAGAAGAUCUCCUGUUCUAAUCUCUUUGUCAAUAAGAUGGUAUCUCUUAGUUUGGCUGCCUGCAUUAUUUUGCCCACAGUAGUUGUUAUUGUAGUAUCUUACAUGUAUAUUGUAACCACAGUCUUGAAGAUCCCCUCCAGUGAAGGCAGAAAGAAAGCCUUCUCCACUUGCAGCUCCCAUCUGGGCGUGGUAAGCUUGCUUUAUGGGACUGUCUCCUUUAUGUAUCUCACACCUCCAAGCAAUCCUGAACUUCGUAAAGUGGUUUCAGUAUUUUACAUAUUGGUUACACCCAUGCUAAACCCUCUGAUUUAUUCUCUAAGAAACAAAGAUGUCAAACAAGCUUUGAGAAAAAUCUUAUGGAAGAAAAAAGCUUUAUCCUAA